UUAAGACUCUGUUUUUGUCUGUUUUGGGGUUUUAAGAAAAAAGUCUAUAUAAAAGGGUUAUGCAGCAGUUAUGAGAUGAACAUUGAUUUCAACUGUUUCAGACGGUUUAGAAGUUGUCCCACAAAAACUACAACAACAAGAAUAACUACAUUAAAAAAAAACUAAAAUUUACUAAAAAUUGUUUUAAUAAAUAAAAGAAAAUAAACAAACAAACAAACAAAAUUAAUAUAAACAAAAUAAAUAAAUCCGUAAUAAAAAGAAAUCAAACUAAAAGCUUAAACAAAUUAUUAAAUAAAUAUUAAGAAAAAAAUUAUAUAAAAAUUAAAAAAAAAACUGUGAAGUGAUGUUUGCAUGUUAAGCAAAGAUAAAAACAAAAAAAUAUAACAAAAAUUCCUAGUUAUAAAAUUGUAAUAAAAUAAAUUUUAUUUUUUUUUUUUUUUGAGUUUUUUAAGAAAUUAAUUUUAUUAUUUAUUUAAAAUGAAACUAUUUACAACAAAUUCUUCAAAAACUGCAAAUGUUCUUAAGUUAGCCUCCUUGGGUAUGACUUUAACCAUAUUGGCAGCAGUAAUAUUGUGUACAGAUCCUGUAGCCAAGAUUGUUGAUUCUCAAUUGGCCAUAAAAACUGGUUCCUUGUUAUAUAAUUUAUGGCUGAAACCACCUUUAAAUGUUUACAUCACAGUGUAUAUGUUUAAUGUUACAAAUUUAGACGCAUUUACACGUGGCCUUGAUGCCAAGUUGAAAAUCGCCGAAGUGGGUCCUUAUGUAUAUCAGGAAAUACUAGAGAAUCAUAAUGUGACCUUCAAUUCAAAUAACACAGUAACCUACACACCCAGACGUAUAGUAAAGUUUUUGCGUGAAAAAUCUGUGGGAGAUCCCAAGGUGGAUAAGAUUAUUGCACCAAAUAUACCAUACAUGGGUGUUACAUCAGCAGCUUCGGGUUUUUCUACAUUUGCUGCAUUGGCCAUAAGUGCAUUGACACGUAGACUGAAUUCAAAGCCCAUGUUGGAAAUGUCUGUACAUGAAUACUUGUGGGGCUAUGAAGAUAAUCUAGUGUAUUUGGCAUCAAAGAUUAUACCGAAUGUUAUAAAUUUUCAAAGAUUUGGUUUAAUGGAGCGUAUGUUUGAUGAGGGUGAUAAUAUAGUGACCAUGCAUUUGCCCUCUAAGAAACCGAAAAAGGCCUCGGAUAAGUCUAGAAGAGAUUUUUCCAUAGAUACUUGGAAUGGUCGUAAAAGUAUUAAAUAUUGGACUCCUAAUGGUAACAGCACUCUCACGAAUUGCAAUAGCAUACAGGGCACCUAUGAUGCUACUCUAUUUCCCCGUAACAUUACCAAAGGUGAAACUUUUCGUAUAUAUCGUAAAGCCUUUUGUCGCACUUUGCCUAUAGUUUAUUCCCAUCCCGGCAAGAUUGAUGGCAUAGAAGCUUAUCAUUUCAAAUUGCAUGAAAAGGCUUUCGACAGCGAUAUCAAUGAUCCGGAUUCCUCUUGUUUUUGUACCAAUAAAAAGUGCUUGAGAAAGGGUUUGGGCAAUAUAACGCCCUGUUAUUACAAUAUACCUUUGGCUAUCUCUUUUCCCCACUUCUUUAAUGGUGAUCCUUCUCUGUUGGAACCGUUCGAGGGUUUGAAUCCUAACGAAGAAAAACAUGGUUCGGAAAUUGUAAUACAACCACAAUUGGGCAUACCUAUGAAAGUGCAUUCUCGUUUUCAAAUAAAUUUAUUAAUGGAUGAAGUGAAAUACAAUCGUGAAAUGACAAGAUUUCGUAAUACGGUUUUACCCAUAUUUUGGUUGGAAAUUGGUGUCGAAGAGCUUACACCAGGCAUAAAAAUGCUUUUAAAAUUACUCUUCAAAAUUUGUCCUUAUGUACAAUGUGGCCUAAUUAUUGCCUUAAUUGUGGCUGGUCUGUCACUGGUUGGUACUGCUCUGCUCUCCUGCUUCUGGUUGCCAAACUCAACAACGGUUUCCUCGUCCAAGCAAAGGCAAACGAAACAAAAAUGCAAUAUUCUAUUAACGGAGUCAUCAGUGGCGGCGGCAGCGGUGAAUAAAAAUAAAAUGAAUAAGACAAAUGUUUGUAUAGUUCCAUUGCUACCAGCACCACCAACUUCAGCAAAGGCAUUGGAACAAAUGGUUAAGCAGGAGGAGAAGAUGACAACGUUGAUGUUAUUGCUGCCACCACAAGUAGACCAACAAAAGGCCAAAGAGUCGAAGCUGAAGCAGUUAAAGAAUAAAUUUUGCAAAAAGAACAACACAUUGCUGCCUUUUCUACAAAAUGAGUUUAUGACAACAUAAUAAUGAAGUUAUUAUGUUUUUUUAUUCUUUACAUAGAGCUUACAUUGGUCCAGUGGCGGUAGUAGCAGUAGUAAAGGAAGUACUAUAUAAGUAGCAGUAGUUUUUGUGAUAGUUGCUUAUAGUUAGCUUUAGAUAUAGUAGCCUCACUUUUCACUUUCUAUUCUAUUUUAUAUUUUUUAUUAGUACUUUAAAAAGUAUUUAUGGCUGUGAUAAUAAAUUUAAGAACAUCAUUCUAGGAAUUCGAGUAUUUUCUAGGGAUUGUCUUUUAGUUUUUCUUAAAUAUGUAAUAAAAUUUUCUAUUUUGGUAUUUAAGUAGCAGGGCGGGUUUUUUUUUAAUUUAACAUUUAGACAACAAAUUUUUAUUUUUUUAUAACAAUAAAAUAAUUACAUUAUAUGUAAGUUUAUAAAUAGUUUAACUUAAAACUUAACAAUUUUUUAUAUUAAAACUUAAUAAAAAUGCUAU